CCCCAUUUACAUAGGGCGGGGCCUUCUGUGGCGCCACUUCCUCCUCCAGCCAGCUUUAGCCUGCUUUCCUUCUGUUGUCGCCCACUUUCCUUCAUUUUCGCUCUCUUUCCUUACGGAUAUCGGCCCCUUUUCUUCCUCUCAUAGCCCGCGUAGGUGUCCAGAUGCUCCCGAAACGGCGGCGAGUGCGGGUCGGCUGUCCCGGUGGUGCUGUCACUUCCUCCACUUCGCCCUUAGUGCUCUUUCCCGGCGUCGCCAUCUACCUGGCUGAACCGCGCAUGGGCCGUAGCCGCCGGGCCUUUCUCACACGCCUGGCGCUGUCGAAGGGCUUCCGUGUCCUCGAAGUCUACAGCUCCGAGGUGACACAUGUGGUGAUGGAACAGACCUCAGUGAAGGAGGCCAUCUGCUGGCAGAAGCACAUGGCUGCUGCUCUCCCGUGCUGUCCCCACCCAGCUCUGCUGGACAUCAGCUGGUUCACAGAAAGCAUGGCAGCUGGGCAGCCUGUCCCUGUGGAGGACCGGCAUCGCCUGGAGGUGGUUGAGCCCAGGAAUGAGCCCCCAAGCCUAGUGUGGGUGUCGAUUUAUGCCUGCCAGCGUCCCACACCCCUCACACACCACAAUACCAUCCUCUCGGAGGCCUUGGAGACUCUGGCAGAGGCAGCAGGCUUCGAAGGCAGUGAGGGCCGCCUCCUUUCCUUCCGCAGAGCAGCCUCUGUGCUCAGGGCCCUUCCUUGCCCUGUCACUUCCCUGAGUCAGCUGCAGGGGUUGCCCCACUUUGGAGAACAUUCUUCCAGGGUUGUCCAGGAACUGCUGGAGCAUGGAGCAUGUGAGGAGGUGGAGAGAAUUCGUUGCUCAGAGAGGUACCAAACCAUGAAGCUCUUCACCCAAAUCUUUGGGGUUGGGGUGAAGACUGCCAACCGCUGGUACCAGGAAGGGCUGCGAACCCUGGAUGACCUCCGAGGACAACCUCAGAAACUGACCAAGCAGCAGAAAGCAGCCACAGGGAUGGGUGACUGCCUGAUACUAGAGGAUGGGGCUCUGUGGGGAAUGCAGGCUGAGAGAGUCAGGAGGACUGUGCUGCCCACAGGGCUCCAGCAUCACCAGGACUUAAGCACUCCAGUUGGACGGCCUGAUGCUGAGGCUCUGCAGCAACUGGUAGAGACAGUCGUGGGCCAGGUCCUGCCUGGGGCCACUGUCACGCUGACUGGUGGCUUUCGAAGGGGCAAGUUACAGGGCCAUGAUGUGGACUUCCUUAUCACCCACCCUGAGGAGGGCCAGGAGGCAGGGUUGCUGCCGAGAGUGAUGUGCCACCUGCAGAGCCAGGGCCUUAUCUUGUAUCAUCAGCACCAAGCCAGCUGCUUAGAGACCCCUACUCACCUUGUCCAGCGGAGCCAUACCAUGGAUGCCUUUGAGAGGAGUUUCUGCAUCUUCCGCCUGCCUCAACCCCCAGGAGCUGCCUUGGGGGGUGUCCUGAAGCCUUGCUCAGCGUGGAAAGCUGUGAGGGUAGAUCUGGUGGUUGCUCCCAUCAGCCAGUUCCCUUUUGCUCUGCUUGGCUGGACUGGCUCUCAGCUUUUUGAGCGGGAACUGCGCCGAUUCAGCCGGAAAGAGAAGGGACUGUGUCUGAAUAGCCAUGGACUGUUUGACCCAGAGCAGAAGACAUUUUUCCAUGUGGUUUCCGAAGAAGACAUUUUCAGACACCUGGGCCUCAAGUACCUUCCCCCAGAGCAGAGAAAUGCCUGAUCCAGCCCAUCUGCCCUCACUCCUCUUAGGAAACGGGGGGCUGCUGGACACUUUUGAAUAUCUCCAGGCAGAAGAUACGCUGCCACGCCAUAUCCUCAUCUCCAAGUGGAAGAGUCUUUACCUGUGGGAGCGUC